UUGAUGUACAACAGUAUACUUAUAAAUCAUUAAAUUGUGUUUUAACCUCUAUAAAAUUAUAAAACAACUAAUACAAAAUUACAAUUAAAAAAUAACUGUCUUUGGAAUUUCAAAGUGACCUUGAGACAAAUUUUACCGCCAUAAAAUUUAUCCCCUCGAAUAAUGUGCAUAGUCGACAGAAGUUUUAACGUUAUAACUAAAAUAUAUGUUAAAUAGAACAUUUCCAAAAUUUCUCAAAAUUUCAUGAUUUAGAGGUUAUGGUUUCUGAGUUCAUUCAAAUCGUGUUUUUUAGUUUCAAUAAAAAUAUAAAAUAAAUAAUAUAGGGUGAGAAUGCUAGUGACACUCCCCUCGUGAAAAGUUACCCCCUCCCCUACUUCUACCUGUUGUAUUGAGGUUAAGUUCGACACUUCUUAGAGAAGCAGUUCAUAUUUACUAAGCAUUUUGUUGUCGUUUCAUAUUAAUUCAGCAUUUAUAAAUCUUUAAUGACUGCUUCUGGAACAAUGUAAAAGUUAUUUAAUUAAUGGAAGCAGAAGAAUAUUGUAACAUUGAAAAGUGUGAAUUUUAACUGGAGUGAUAAGAGGCGAAUUUAUGCACUGUACGAUUUGUUUAUGUUGCUUGUCGAUGAGUUAAACACUGGAAUAACAUUUAACAGUGAAUAAAAAUAAUAAUAAAAACAACAAACAAAGUUUAUAAAUAUGGCGGAUCGUCUAACACAGUUGCAGGAUACUAUAAAUCAACAAGCGGAACAUUUUUGUAACAGCGUGGGUAUUUUACAACAGUAUUCGACACCUAGUAAGUUUCCUGGUUUCGAUCGUGUGGGAACACCUCAGCCGCAUCAACCUCAAGAAGAUUACGCAGCACUGUUCGCAACUUUAAUAGCGAGAUGCGCGAAAGACAUUGAUACUUUGAUAGAGAGUUUGCCAAGCGAAGAAUCGUCGCAAGAACUCCAAGUCGCGAGUCUUAGUCGCCUCGAACAAGAGAAUCAAGAAGCUGGCGAACAACUGGAAGAAGUCGUGAAACAGGGAGAAGCGCUUUUACAAAGGAUCCAAGCUGCCCUACAAGACAUUGCUCAGAGCCAGUUAGAUAUGCAGGACCCAGCUUCUACGUCUGUAAUCAAUAUUAAUCUUAAUACCGCUAUGACUUUUAAACAAGAGAAUGUUAAUUCUGUAAAUACAGUUUCCUCAAAUAAUGCGCAUCAAUUGUCUGAUCCUUCGUCGAGUUCUAUAAAUCAAUGAUACAUCUUCGUAACAGUAUACAUCUUCGAAGAAAAUGGACAUCAAUGGACUAAGUGUGUAUACGUUGCACUAAAGCGUUUAACUGUCCAAAUAAAUCAUGAAAGAUAAAGUAUUUUGUAUUAUAAAUAAAUAACUUAAUUAUAUUAGAAUGUUUCAUUUUCUUGUGUUAGGAAAUUGUAAUUAAAGUGUCUACGGUGAUCUUUCGAUUAAAACAGGAUUUGAGUUUAAAUAAUUUUAUUAUCUUUUAAGCACUUUUAUGAAUGUAUCUCGUGGGAUAGAAAUUUUUCCAAUCAUUUUCAUCCUUUUCUUUCCUGCUGAUUGUUGUGCUAACAAUUUCAUUCGUCUUGUGACAUCGCCACCAUACUAAAAUAGGAGAAAUAGUAAUGAGGAUGUUUGUAAGUACGCAUA